AUGCCUUUUGUUUACGAUGAUUUGUAUGAGGUAUGCCGUGAAUGGAGAUUUUUAAUUGAUUGGCUGCAAAAUUUUGGACUUCUCGGAAACUUUAGUGGGAAAUGUAACUCGUGCAAUGAUGGAAAUGUUAAAUUAGUGGAGGACAAAUCUUACAGUAAGGACGGUAUUGUUUGGAGGUGUAGUAAUAGACAGUGUAACAAAAAAACGUCAGUAAGCAAGGGAUCUUGGUUUUUCGGAAGUCAUUUACUUCUAGAACAGGCAGUAAAAUUAACCUACUAUUGGGUACAUGAACUACCCGGUGAUUUUAUUGGACGGGAACUUAAAAUUGGAAGUGAUCACACCAUUGUGGACUGGAAAAAUUUUGCGCGAGAGGUGUGUCUCUGCAUUUUAAAACAGGACAGUGAGAGGAUUGGUGGGCCAGGAAAGCACGUAGAGAUCAACGAAGGUAAGUUUGGCAAGAGGAAGUACCAUCGCGGUAAGAGAGUUGACGGUGUUUGGGUGUUUGGUGGGAUUGAAAGAGAGUCAAAGAAGUGUUUUUUUGAGGUAGUGGAGGACAGGAGCACAAACACCCUGAUUCCUAUUAUUAAGAAAUUUGUAGAACCUGGAACCAUUAUCUUAUCAGACUGUUGGAAAGCUUAUUGUAGUUUGAAGUCAGAGGGAUAUGAUCAUCUAACUGUCAAUCAUUCGAUCGAGUUUAAGAAUAAGGAAACUAGAGCCUGUAUAAAUCUUAUUAAAUCUACUUGGAAUGCAGUAAAGAAGUCUCUACCCAAAACUGGAACAGAGAAACAGCACUACGACAGUUAUCUAAUUGAGUAUUGCAUAAGAACGUAG